AUGCUCCUCCCCUCACUCAAGCCCCUCUCCAUCGGCCUAGGCCUCACCAUCCCCCUCCUCGCCCAAGCCCUCGACAUAAAUGACUUCUCCUGCCGCAGCACCAACCACACAAACCCAAUCGUGUUCCUACACGGCCUAGGCGCUACAUACUACGAAGACCUCAACUUCCUGCAAGCCUGGCUCCAGAACCAAGGCUACUGCACCUACGCCGAGACCUACGGCGACUACCCGGGGUUCCCCUUCGUCGGCGGCCUGAAACCCAUCUCCGAAUCCGCCGGUGAAAUUGCCGCGUACAUCCGGCGCGUGGUCGCAGAGACCGGCGCCGACAAAGUCGAUCUCGUCGGCCACUCCGAGGGCGCAAUGCAAGCGCUGUACGUGCCGAAAUUCGAGGACGGGAUCUCGGAGCUCGUCGAGCGCAUCGUUGCUAUUGCGCCGCCGACGCGGGGGACGACCUUUAUCGGGCUGUAUAACCUGGCGUAUAUACUGGGCGAUGUUUCGCGGGAGCUGGUCGGGCAGGUCCUUAGGCUUUUUGGGUGUGCUGCUUGUGAUGAUUUGGGACCAGGCGGGGAUGCCGUGGAGAGGUUGAAUGAUGGGGAGGCGAUUGUGCAGCCCGGGAAUCGGUUGACGGUUAUUGCGUCGCGAUUUGAUGAGAUGGUCACCCCGACUUCGACUUCGUUUGUGCAUGAGGACGGAGUCCAGAAUCUGUGGGUGCAGGAUUUCUGUCCGAAGGAUCUGGUUGGGCAUAUUGGGGAGGCGUAUGAUCCGAAUGUGUGGAACAUUGUGAAGAACGCCUUGGAUGAUCAGCAUAGGAGGAAGUUUCCUUGUGUGAUUGGAACCGCGGGGAAGUAUAACUAG